AUGCUUAUAAUUUGGAUCUUGUUCCUGAGUUUGUUGCAGGAGCCGUGGUCCCCGGGGAGGGCCGCGGGGGUGCCCGAGGCCGCCGGAUCCUCCCCGAGCGACCCCCGGCCGCGCCGGGAUGCGGGGGGCCGCGGCGGCGUCUACGAGCACCUCGGGGGAGCGCCCAGGCGCAGGAAACUCUACUGUGCCACCAAGUACCACCUCCAGAUCCACCCCAACGGCAAGAUCAACGGCACCCUGGAGAAAAACAGCGUCUUCAGUAUUCUUGAAAUAACUGCUGUUGAUGUUGGAAUCGUUGCCAUCAAGGGCUUGUUCUCUGGCAGAUACCUGGCCAUGAACAAAAGGGGCAGACUUUAUGCAUCAGAAAACUAUAAUGCAGAGUGUGAGUUUGUGGAGAGGAUCCACGAACUGGGUUAUAACACCUACGCAUCCCGUCUCUACCGGACUGUACCUAACAGAGCUGGCACCAAGCGCAAAGCCAGUGCGGAGAGACUCUGGUAUGUCUCAAUCAAUGGGAAAGGACGACCCAGAAGGGGCUUUAAAACUCGCAGGACACAGAAAUCGUCUCUCUUUCUGCCCAGAGUAUUGGAUAACAAAGACCAUGAAAUGGUCCGACUGUUCCACACAAACAUGAAAUAUCGAGACAGUCUCCUGAAGCCCCUGAGCAAGAACCAGCGAAGAAGGAGAGGACACUGA